UAAAGCAUCAUUUAUCAUCAUUACUCUAUACUAUAAAACAAUGUUAAAAUAAAAUAAAAAAGCUUUAUAUUCCUUUUGCUUUUCUCAAUAAUUUUCGAAUUAUUUCGUUUUUACAACUUUAUUCUUUUACACGCAAACACAACACACAGUCACACACAAUAAUCUUCUUUCAAUCUCUCUGCAAACUUACCGAUGAAGGAGUUCGAUUACGACAAGCUUGUCACUGCCAUAGAUCGAUUCUCUCCUUCGAAACUCAUCGGUAAAGGAAGCCAUGGCUAUGUUUAUAAAGCCCUUCUUCAUCACCAAGACGUUGACGAAACACGUCAAAGAGUCGUAGCCAUUAAAACACCAUCAUCAUUAUCUCCCUCAUCACCAUCCUCAUCAUCAUCAUCAAAAUCAGAACAAACGAAGAAACUAGAAAACGAGAUCGACGUUAUGUCAUCGUUACCUUAUCACCCACACGUGUUAAGCUUUCUCGGCCAUGCCGAGAAAAAACUCAUGGUCGUUGAGUACAUGCCAAACGAAUCGUUAUACCAAUUAUUACACGUGUCAACUGAUCCUCUUCCCACGUGGCUUAAACGCAUCGAAAUCGCUCUUCAGAUCGCGAGUGCGGUUCACUUCCUCCAUGAACACGGUAUCAUCCACCGCGAUAUCAAAUCGGAAAAUAUUUUGUUUGAUUCGAAUUGGGAAGCGAAGCUUGCUGACUUCGGACUCGCCGUUGAUUUUGGAGGUGAUAAGAAGAUAAGACCGGCUCCGGCGGGAACUAUUGGAUACUUAGAUCCGUGUUACACGUUACCGGAGAAUCUGAGUAUGAAGACUGAUGUUUAUAGUUACGGUGUCGUUUUGUUGGAGAUUGUUAGUUGUAGAAAAGCUAUUGACGUCUCUCGUUCGCCGGCGUCGAUAGUAGACUGGGCGGUUCCGUUGAUUAAGGAAGGGAGGAUCGGAGAAAUAUGCGGCGGAGGAGGAGGAGGAUCGGGUGUUUUCCGGGGAAUGAGUCUACGGUUGUUGCGUAUGGCGGCGAGAUGCGUUUCAUCUGACGUGGAAUCACGACCGUGUUUCGGGGAGAUCACGGCGGAGAUAGUGGCGUGUUUGGCGGAACCGUUGAAGAGUUUGCCGUUAUGGAUGAGCGUUUUGCGUCGGGUUGUUAAACUGAAACGGCGGAAAAAACGGUUGAGAGAAACGCUGACGUGGCCGGGUCAAACUUGCCGCGUUUGGUGAGAGUUUAUGAAUUGCGGGUCAAAUAUCGAAUCGGGUCGGGUUAAAAGGUUGGGUUGGUUACAAAAAGAAAACAACCAUCUAAAUCCAAGCAGAAGAACAAUCGCUAAACAGAAUGAUAUAUUUAUCGUUUGUAGUAAGUAGCAUUUAAUUUUGUUAUCCCUUCGGAUAAUGUAACCAUUAAUCCAUUACUAAUUCAGUCGUGGUCGAUUGAUAUAUUUAACCGUUGUUGGUCUAGUGGGUUUU